UAAACCCACUAAAGAAAGAAAGAAAGAAAGAGCUCGCGUGUGAUGUGUUUGUGUAUCCUCAGUGUUUUUCUCUCUUGAGUGUUUUAUUGAGUGUAAACAGAGUCUUGUCUCUGUGUAUUUUAGUGUUGAUGAUGGAUGUGAUGUGCUGUAAAUCAGGAACUGAUCAGGACUUACAGGAUGAUGAAUCUACUGAUCAAACCUCCACAGAGUCUCUGGAUUCUGUCUGUAACGCUGGAGAACAGCAGCAGAUCCUGCAGACCAAACUCAACAUGUGUUCAGUCAAACCCAUCGACUGCAGGAACCUCACGAUGAAGAUCAAAACUGAAACUACAGAAAUAAAAACCGAACCUACAGCAGAUGAAUAUGAAGACAAACACCGUGAUGGUCAUGAUUUUAUUGUGUCAGAUGUGAAGAGUGAAUUAUGUGUGGAUGAAGAAAUAACGUCCUCGACUCUUUCUUGCAUCACCGGUGGAGAGACAUUGAGCUCACAGAGACAUUUAGAGAGACAUGAGAGAAGACAAACAGAAAAUGAACAUCAUCUGAAGAAACACACCAGUGAGAGACCGUAUCAGUGCAGUGAAUGUGGAAAAACCUUCAAGAAUUCAUGGUUAUUAAAAUCACACCAGAAUAUUCACUCUGAAGAGAAACCCUUUCAAUGUUCACACUGUGAUAAAGGUUUCUAUCGUAAAUCAAAUCUAAUAGACCAUGAGAGAAUUCACACUGGAGAGAAACCUCAUCACUGUAGUGUUUGUGGGAUGAGUUUUAAUCGACAUUACAAUUUAGUGUCACACCAGAGAACUCAUACAGGUGAAAAACCUUACAAAUGCUCUCAUUGUGAGAAGACGUUUGCUUAUGCAGCUUCCUUAAAAGUCCAUGAGAGAGUUCACAUUGGAGAGAGACCUUACGUCUGCUCUCACUGUGGAAAGAGCUUUUCUGAUCCAUCUCAAUUCAUUGUUCAUCAAAGAAUUCACACUGGAGAGAAACCUCAUCAAUGUAAUGUUUGUGGAAAGAGUUUUAGUCAACGUGGCAGUUUAGUGACACACCAGAGAACUCAUACAGGUGAAAAACCUUACAAAUGCUCUCAGUGUGAGAAGACGUUUGCUUGUUCAGCUUCCUUAAAAGUCCAUCUGGGAUUUCACACCGGAGAGAAACCUUACGUCUGCUCUCAAUGUGGAAAGAGCUUCUCUGAUCCAUCUCAUUUCAGAGUUCAUCAGAGAGUUCACACUGGUGAAAAACCUUACCACUGCAGUGUUUGUGGGAAGAGUUUUAGCCAACAUGGCAGUUUACUGAAACACAAGAGAAUUCAUACAGGUGAAAAACCUUACAAAUGCUCUCAUUGUGAAAAGACGUUUGCUCAAUCAGGUAACUUAAAACUCCAUGAGAGACUUCACACUGGAGAGAAACCUUACGUUAGCUCGAUUUUUGGAGAGAGAUUUGCUUAUUCUGGAAAUCUUCAGACUCAUCAGAACAAACAUACUGAAGAAGAAAGUACACUGAAAUCAUCAUAGUGUUGUGAAGUCUUUCUUUACACACUGAUUGCAUAUAUUUGGUGUGAAUGUCUAAUGUGACUUUUUUUUGGUGCUGUUGUUUGCAGCACCAAAAAGCAAAGGUGUAGUUUUCAUCGUCAGCUUACAUUUUUUAACUCUAAUUUUGUUAAUUUUUGAAUUAUCAUAUCCCUUUAGUUAGACAUUUAGACAUUUGUUUUUUGACCAUCACUGAACUAACUCUGUGAUUUACACCAUCGAUUUGUGGGAACUUUUUUAACACUUAGCUAUAGGGAUUUUUACAGCACUUUUGGACUUCAUGGCAGAAUCACAGGGUUGACAGAACAUAAAUUAUAACAUCUCAUCUUCCUCUGCUCUAACAGAUGUGUUUAAAAACACACUGUCACAAUGAAAAAAGGAAAACUAACACUAAAUUUCAAGACCCAAGUGCCAACUAAAGGAAACCUUAAUCAGCACAAUUGUGACUUACUUGUUAACUUACUUAUUAACCAGAUUUAUAGCAGUUCUUUUAGUGGUUCUCAACUCCAGUUCUCGAGCCCCUUUCCUUGAACAUUUUCAACAUUCUGCCAACAUGAAAAGUGUCUAAUUUUUUAACGUUCUAAGAAUGUUCCUUGAUUGUCUGAACAAUAGAGAAAUGCUACAUUCUAUUAUUUCCAAAUGUUUCAAAAAGGUCAUGUUUUAAUUUUCAAAUAAUGUUUAAAAUGACUGUUUUCAAUAUUUCCUUUUUUGCUUGUUAUGCAAUUGAUAAAGAAACAUCAAAUUGUAUUAUUUUUAAAACGGUUAUAAACACUAUUUCUGAAUGUUGGUGUAAAAACACAAUUUAUUUGUUUAGAUGUUGAUGUUUAGUUUGUUUCAUUUAAAGUCACCAGUAUGCUGAUCAGUGUUUGUUUUAGUUGGACUCUGGACCCUCAUCAACUAAUUGAUUGAUUUUGUCACUCAUCAAAAUUUUAUUUUCUGUCAAUAAUGUAUAUGAGUUCCAACACUCUCACACCAGUUUGUCAUUAAGGAUUUUUUAGAACUGGACAAAAUGAACUGCUGUGUACAGAUGUACAACUACAAACAUCGAGAUUUGGAGUAUGAAUCUCAACAAUGGUGACCAAGAGAAUUGUAAAAAUGUCAUUAUUUACCAUGCCGCAGUGCAUGCUCGGAGUCCUGUAAGAGAUUUGUUGAUACCCAGAGUGCAUUACAGCAGGAGGUUUUUUCAAUUAAUUCUCACUAUUGUUUAGAUUCAUACUCUGAUUCUUGAUGUUUGUGUGACUUUGUAACACUGUGGCUUAUUUGUUUAUGUGUAUUUUGUUUUAGAAAGAUUGACAAAUUGUACUGCAGUGUCACAUUAUUAAUAGAAAAAAAAUCCUGAGUAAGUAAGCGAUAUAUUAAUAACACACAUCUGUAGAUGUUGAGCAUUUAUCAGAUAUUAACCACAGCCAUCAUACUAAAUUACCAAGUUACUUUUGCCAUAACCGCCAUAAGUGUGAUUUUAACAGACAAAGUUAUAGCAGCCAGGGAGAAACUAGUAAGCUAUAAGAUGAAGGGCAAGACUGAGUCCAAUUAAAACAAACACUGAUCACCACAAUUGUGACUUUAAGCUGUUUUACUCUGCAGACCAUGUACAGUGUCAAAAAUGACUUAUUAUGACGUAAUAUGAAAUACUCCUUUAAUUUAUAAUGGUCUGUCAUGGACCUAGUACCCCAUAUGUACUGUUUGAAAGCUUAGAAUGUCUACCUUUUGCAGAUAUGCAUCAAUUUGACAUAUAUUUUACUGUAAGAAAGUUAUUUACACUUAAUUUACACUAUUACCCCCAAAGAUGUAUAUUAUUUAACAUUCAUAUAUUUCAUAUUUUUCAAAUAUGACAAACAUGGUCAAGUCUUAUAUCAAAUAAAAGCUAUCAUUUCUCAUUUUUCUAUUCUUAAGUAUUUUAGUAUCAUUUAGUAGUGUUUUAGUUUGUUAAUAAAUUCAAUUUUAUU